AUGGCAUAAGCUAUGUUCUUCACAUCGGCCGUCUUUACAAACCAGCCCGGGUUGCUCCGCGUGUUCGCAGAUGAUUAACAGCAGCCUCUACCAGUCGACGACGGCAGACUCCUCCACCGCGCCCUGGAGAUGACUGCGCCGUGCGUUCCUCGCCUGCGCAAGAGGACCUCCAAGGUCAAGACCGGAUGCGGCCAAUGCAAACGUCGCCGCAUCAAGUGCGGUGAGCAGCGACCAGCAUGCCUGCGCUGCGCAAGGGCCAACCUGAUCUGCUCGUACGAGGCAGCAGCCACCUGCGCAGAGCUGCAGGCCUCUCAGGCCGCGGCGACCGCCCGCAUCGUCAACUCGUGGAACAGCAGGAGCCGCCCUCGACCGCAGGUGGAUGUCCUCACGCUCCCGCCCCUCACCCGCCACCUCGACGCCGACAAGAUUGUGUACGUCGAGCGGUACGGGCUCAGCGUGGCCCCCGUGCUGUCCAGGAUCGGCAGCACCGAGUUCUGGUUCCGCACCAUCCUCAGAGAGAUAUCCGUCGACGACUGCAUCCUCCACUGCGUGAUUGCCAUGGGCGCGCUCCAGUACGCCUUCGACCCGAAACCACCCUGCGGUGGCAGCUCGGGGCCGCCGCCUCCUGCUCCUCUCCCUCUCCAGCAGGACAGGGCCAUCGCCGAGAGGGCCAGGGCCAACGUCCACUACGAGCGCGCGCUCAAGAGCAUGAGCCUCGCCAUCUCGCUCAUGAAGGUCCAGCUCCAGCGUGCCAACGAGCAGGCGUCGCGGAGGGCGAUCCUCAUCGUCAGCAUCCUCUUCAUCGUCUUUGAGCUCAUGCAUGGCGACCCGGAAAGCGCGGACGGGGUGGCCGCCAAGGCCAUGGCCGCGCUCUGCGGCGUGCUGCCUAUAUUCUGCCCGGACCGGGCCACGCUGGAGAAGAUUGGCCGGGACGUCGACGACGAGGGCAUUGAGGAGGCGACCUGGUUGCUCCCGAGGCUGUCCGCGAUGCGGGGAGGCACGUCGGGGCUCCCGCUCGACGUCGUCUCGCGGCCCUUCUCGUGGGAAAGCGAAUAUUGCCUCAAGGGGCUUGCUACCACGAUCAAGUGUCCUGGUCAGGAUGCACCAUACGAGUCAUUCAUGCAGGCCUGGGACCGAUACUUGACCGUGCAGAUGGUGUGGACGACGCGGAUCGACAUCUCUACCGUACCAGAUGCUGAGAAGCCUCUCCUGGCUGAGCAGCACAAAACCAUCAUGGGCAUGGCUGCUGACUGGUGGCACCAGAUUCGGCAGCGCCUUGGGGCCGAGUUGGACAUGACCCGGCAGCUCCUGCUGAGGGUGACGUUUUUCUUCUCGUGCGCGUCGCGGCUCUAUCUAGCACACGCCCUGCACCCGCUGGACACGACCUGGGAGGACUACGCUGCUGACACAAUGUACGCACUCGAAGUGGCGGAGCAGAUUCUGGACCAGUCGGACCAUGAGUCGUCUUUGCUACUCUUCAACGACAAGGUUCUGCCCUCGAUCCCGAAUCUGCUCACGCGAUGCCCGGUGCGGGACGUGCGAGCCAAGGGACUACGGAUUGUGGCCCGGACGCUGGCGACGAUGGGGUGGGAAUCGAAGGGUAGCCGUGCGUCCCCGCGCAACUUGUGGCUCGAGUGGUGGUGGUCCAACAUCCAGCCAGAGAGUUUUAUGCGGCAGUCGGUAGUGGUCGCCAGCACGCCAAGCAUCAAGCGGUCAGACAGCCCGCGAAGCGACUGUGAUGGUGACGGUGACGACGGCUCUGACGUCGCGUAUUACGAGCUCGCAGACCAGGUCUGCAUGAAAAGCCCGCAGUCCCGCAGCAGCAGCAGCAGCAGCAGCAAUAGCACCAACAGCGGCGGGGACGGAAACGCUGCCGGCACUGGGGACUCGUCCUGGGGUGAAAGGUUCAUCCUCUGCGCGAUAGCGACAUGCACCAUAUGAGGCAUGAUUUCCAUGCGCGGCCAAGUGUAUGAUAGGCUAAUACCUGCUACCUAUGAUGAGAUGGGGAUCGCCGGGUCUGACAUGUCAGAGCUAGCCACGCCUGCCCUGCACCCUCAAGUGUCAGGGCUGCAUUGCGGCGGAGCGAAAUGAAUCGACGUCGUAUUUUCAGACGAGGCCAUGCUCCCGAUC